GAGAACUUCAACUCAAGGCUAGCAGUGUACUACUGACACCCAUCACUUACUCUCCAUUUCUUGCGCUUUUACCGCGGUGUUCACGAGAAUUAGGUUUGUGCUCACUGCAGGCCUUUCCAGCUGGGAAGUUUCCAUAGCUCUCAUUCCAUCCUGGCAAACCCAGCAUGGCAUAAUUAUUACUUGCCAAAGUCACGAAGUUGCGGCGGCUUUCCGACAGAUGGCCGUUUCAUAAUGGGCAUUUAGUGCACUGAGAAGGGUAAUGUUCAUGUCGUAUUUCCCCUACACAAGACAGGAAGAAGGCGUUCCUUCGUUCGCAUCUCAAGCCACGACGAGCAAAUUCCCUGAUGAUCCUUCGCCGAAGUCAAUAACACGUGAUAGAACGCGUCGCGUGACAUGUGGAAUUCGACAGGCGGGCGUAUAAGUCUCACUCGAGCUCAAUGUUCCAUAUGUCAACCAUAUGUAUACUCUUGGCCAGAUAUAUUCACUCUGGGCGAGCAUAUCCGUCAUGUAUUUCAGUAAGUUUCGCUUGUACUUUAUGUGCUACGUAUAAUUCCGCUAGUCAUAGGCUAUGUACACAGUACACUGGUUGCCAGUUUGAUACAUACCACGAAUAUCAACGCUUUUCAGCCUCAAAUACUUGCUCUCUCGCCGCUGACCCGACACUUAUCAUUUUCACACAAAAUUACGAUUUGUCACUCUGCUAUUGAUUUCGAACUCAAGUAGCCCGCAAGACAUAGCCGUGGCCUGUGCUAGACCGUGAUAACAUGGUUGCACUUGAAUCACUCCCCUCAUUGUACACCGAAAAUCCCCUCGCGCUUUGUUACAUGAUGUCCUAGUGGAAAGAGUUCGUCACCUGCAGAAUCUUCGCAAAAAUCGGCCAGAUAGAGGAAGGAAGACGAGCACAAACUCGCCCAUCGGGGGGCCACUCGUCAAUUGUUUCCUAGACUCUUUGAAUCGACGUAUGGGAAUAGCUGCCAGUGGAACUAGCGAAGCCCUUCCACUAGCUAGAAGAUGUAGAGGGGAUAGGAAAG